AAUGAAAAAUUUUAUUCCCGUGGCCACGCCGCAUGUUGCAUUCCGAAGGGUCACGGAAUAUCGGAAUAUACUGCAAAAAUAGCCCUAACAGUUUCAGACGCUUUGAGAGUGCUGGCUUCUCUCCCCGUGGCGGUGAUCCUGUCCAUGUUGUUUAUGGACGAGUCUCACACUGCUUCAUCAGCUUACAAGAGUCUUUUGUUCCAUUGACACUGACUGAGUGGAGUCGUAUGGACCUGACAUAUCGUUUAAAUUGAGCACUAUAUUUCGAGAUAGUUUUGCUUGCAAUGGCUGCACUUAGGUUUCAAAUUCAUGUUGACAAAGAAAAUGCCAGCUCACUUGGUGUAAACCCUAAACUCCGCAAUGGGAGCACUUCAGGAAUACGAGGGAAAGUCUUCCAGGAGUCCAUCACCCCGGGUCUGACGAAGCCACGGAAAGCCCUCGGAGACGUCAACACACCGGCUAGUUCUCGGCCUCGCAAGGCUCUAGGAGAUGUGAAUGGGACAAGUGGAGGAAUCCUGAAGCCUGUGAAGGGGAAGUCUGGAGGGUUGAAACCGCUCUCGCUGAACCCUCAGAGUUUCAAGAAGCCAGAAGGGAAAAGGUCACAGGAAAAAGGACUAAGGAAACAAGAGCCAAAGAUAUCUGUGCCCGUGUUACAGACAGCCCGCAGUUGCCAGCCUGCGUCUUCACUGUGUGAGGACAUAGAGCAGAUGCACGUUGAGAAGGAGCCAGAUGAUGAUGAGGAUGUGUGGCCGGCGCGGGAGCGGAUCAGUACGUACAUCGACAAGUUGAUCAGCUGGCGUCCACCCUGUCUGUACAAUACGUGGAGUGAUAGUGAUGAUGAAGAGGAUGACAGGAAGAUUCAGGAGAUGAUGGGCCAGCUGGAUGCCCUCCCAACACCCAAAAUCGCUGCAGUUGAAGACACUAUAGUGCAUGUGGAAUCUCUGACUGUGCCCCUGCCAGAAGUGGAUGUACCAUUCGCCGAUAUAUCUUUACUGGACUCCAGUCAGAACACUUCUCUGCCAUCUCUAGAAGACUCCUACAGUAUUGUGCCCAAUCCUGGCACCUUGCAACUCAAAGACAUCUGAACAUAAUGUGCCAAAUAUCUCCGCCAGAUCCAUCGAUCAUUGUUCACACCAUCAUCCCAUCCUCACUGUGUCAUCUUGCCCUCUGAAGCCAUGAACAUACUGCCCUCUCAUCUAUCAUCGUUCGCAAAGUACAUUCCCUAGGCCCCUUGGUGAUGUACUUCAUACUUCGCAGACCUUGCCGUAAGUCAGUAUUCCAGAUAGGAGCUUCUCUGUCCGGGUUGAUGGUGCCAGCCAUGUGAGGCGGGUAUGCCGGACAUCUAGUCGAGACUGGUACAGCAAGAUCAUGACAGAGAGAUGACAUGACAGCAAGAGCUGCAUCAGGGCAUGUGGCAGUCAGUUUCUUGUAUGUAAUGGUUUCUCAGAAGUUUGCUGUCUGGAUACUUUGGUUUUAUUCAACUGUAAAUAAAUGUAGGCUUUGUGUAAAUAAA